CACACCGUAAUAUUUCAUUGUAUUGUUUCACGAAACCAACUCUUUAAAACUGAUUACACGUCAAGAAUAAGAGUAGACAUACAAAAUAAAUUGAAUUCCUUGUUUCAAAAUGGUGAGCAGAGAAACGAGCAAUAUUGAAAUCGGUGUCGAUCUUGACAAAUGCGGCAUUUGUCUUGGAGAUUUCAAAAAGCCAAAAAUACUGCCCUGUUUCCACACAUUUUGUUUGGAUUGUUUGAGGUCGUACGUUGGGAAGACUGGAAGACGUGAAACAUUUACAUGUCCACUUUGUCUGGUUGAGACAGAAAUACCCCGUGGCGGCGUUGAGCAUUUCCAGACAAAUUUCUACAUCAAAGCAGAGCAAACAAAAUCCCUCUCUAAAUUGGAUGCAAAAUGUGAAGUAUGUGACACAGAUGGAAAGCGCCAGGUCGAAACCCGAUGUCUUGAGUGUGACCAGAAUCUUUGUGAAAAUUGCAGCAAGACCCAUCUUAAAAUGACUUCAUCAAAAGAGCAUCACUUGAUGGCAGUAAACUUUCCAGACAUCCAUCUUUCGCCUGAGGUCACAACCAAAGUCUUCUGCGACAAGCACAAGUCGGAAGAACUUACACUCUAUUGCAAACCGUGCGACGACCCAAUAUGUCUAAGGUGUAAAGUUACUUCCCACGAGAAUCACUCUACAAUGGAUCUUUCUGAUGUUGCCAAAGAAGCAAGAGAAUUGCUAGGAUCGAAGUUGUCAGAGGCAAAAGGCUUUUUUCCUCUUCUGCACGAGCAUCUCAGCGACGUCAAUCAAUACGAAGAACAGUUGACUCAAACAAAGCAAGACAUUUCAAAAUCCAUCUCUGAGAGGGCAUCAGACUUGAUUGCAAGAGUCGAUAAAAUAUCUAGUUCUAUGCUAAGCGACGUUGAAGUAGAAUUUCGUGUGGAGGUGUCUCGAAUAGACUUCCAAAGACGGGCAAUUGGGAAGGCUGGUAAAGUGCUCGCUUCUCAAGUUCAUGCUGCAAACCAAGUUGUCAAUUUUGGAUCAGAUGCAGAAAUCACAAGAAAUAAAGAAUCACUCUCUAAACGUCUUGAAAAAUUGAUCAAAAAAUCCGAAGACAGUGACGUCCCAAAGCUAUCUCUUUCU